AUGGCCUCUCCGACGAGCCCCGUGGAUGUCAAGCUACCCCAUCGGUCGGCCACCGUGAGCAGUGGCUUCACUCGCCGAACCUCUAUGAGCGACGACGAGGCUAUUCCUCAGACCGACAGUAGUGAGACUACGAAUCUACUCAUUGAGCGUCUGCGUGCUUGGAAGCACAUGUGCGGCAACCUCGAGGACUAUGUCAACGCUUGUGCCAAGGUGGCUAAGUCUCAGUCCAAGGACCAUGAGAAGAUCCUCAAGACUGUCAGCGAGCCUCUGAAGGAGAGCCACCAUUUCAGUUCCAGUGAAGGUGGUAUCACCAGCCUCUUCGAGAGCAUGCGCAACAACUCCCAGGGCAUGGUAAACAUGUAUCUCGACACCGAGAAGAACCUCAAGGGCACUGUGAUUCCCAUUCUGGAGCGUCUCCACAAGGAGAUCAAGAACAAGUCCAAGGAGCUCAAGACGGGUGCUGCCAAGGGCGCCAAGGCCGUGGAGAAGGCCCGCCAAACGACCCAGAAGCACAUCGAGCUUCUGGGCCAGAACGCCGCCUCGUAUGAUGCCUCUGCAUACAAUAAGAUUGAGCAGCACCACGACCCCUAUAUCAUCAAGCGAGGCAUCAACCACCGCCUCAACAAGCAGGUCACCGAAGAGAACAACCACCGCAAUGACAUCCUGGCCGUGCAGGAGUCGUUCCAGCAAUUUGAAGCUCAUGUCCUCCAGACUGCCCAGGGUGCCCUGGACCAGUUCUUCCAAUUCAUGGGCGGCCAGCUCGACCGCCAGCGUACUAUGUACGCCGAUGUCUUGGGAGCUGCUCAGCGCAUUCCCCGGAUUUCGAUCAACCCAGACUCGCCGCCACGCACGUUAUCCAGCAUUACGUUCCCUAACAUGGAUCACAAGUCCACUCGGCCCCUGAUCGAGGGCUCCUUGGAGCGCCGCUCUCGCGCUAUGAUUAAGGGCUACAGCACCGGCUACUACGUCGUCACCCCAGCCAAGUAUCUUCACGAAUUUAAGAGCGACGACGACUUCCAGAAGGACCCUACCCCAGAGCUGUCCUUGUACUUGCCCGACUGUAUCGUUGGGGCCAUCGACGGCGUCAAGUUCAACGUCAAGGGCAAGGACGUCUCCAGCGGCAAGGUCGGUAACGCCUUCCAUACCAAUACUGAGCUUAGCUUCAAGGCUCACACGCCUAAUGACGCUGAAAAAUGGUGGUCCGUCAUCAAGGACGCCACGCGCCAGUCUGCCCCGACUGUGUCCACCAACGUGGACGCUGCCGCAGCUGCGACGUCCGCCGCUCCAUCGCGCAAUGUUUCCGCCAACUACCCUCCUCCAGUUUAUGCCGAGAAUGGCGAGGAGAGGGCUAGACAGACCGCUGCCCCAGUUGCAACGACCACAGCUACCUCUCCCAGUGCCGAGGUAAAGAAUCCAGUCAAGGAAGCUGCUCCCUCCCCCGGUAUCACCCGUACCAACACGACCUCCAGCCACUUCCACACAUCCCCUGGCGGGUCUGCCUUUGGCGAGAAGCCCUGA